GAGAGUGAUGUGGGAAAAGCCAAAAUCGAAACAAAUAGAGGAAACCUAACAAAAAUCGGUGCUUGUAGGGCGAAUUAGUCUAACAGAAAAUCUAUAAGUGUGUGAUAAGGGGGCACUUACUUUUGGUUGCUUUUGGCUUGCUCGCCCGCUACGAUAAUUCGACGACGACGCGCGAACGCUCACAAGGGCUUUUGAGUACGCUUCUGGCAAGGAAUAUCGCUAGGAGUGCAUCUUCGCGCCGAUGUUGUUGCUUUCUUAUCAUAGGAGAUUACAUUUGAAAUAUCCACGAUCAUGAGCAUCUCGGCGAAGCAAGUAAAUCCCAAAAUGGAUAGGGAUGAUCGCGAGGUGCGACUCACUGCUCCCGAUACCAGCAAUCUAGGUGAUGUGGUUUCCGACGACGCUUUAUAUGGUACGGCGGGACCCGCGAUCAAGGCGGCCACACCAGCAGAAGACGUUUGCUUGUUGAGCGAUGAUGAAAACAAAAUUUUGACCACACUCGAACCAGCCACGAAGCGUUCGCAGGAAGGACCCAAGCCCGAUCGACGUUCAGAUUCCACGCUGAAGAUUUCAAAAGCAACACCCGAAACCUCGCUGCAGGCGGAUAAACCAAAUGCUGUUACAAAAGACAAAAUUGUAGCAAAGUCAUCUACUGAAUUGGUAAAGGACGGUGUAAAACCAGUGAUUCAGCUACCGUCGAAGGAGGAUCUGAUAAACAAGAUUCGCAGUCGAUUAAGCAAAACGAUUGAGGCGAAACCGUUAAAUCCACAACCGGCCGAUGAGAUCGUCGACACAAGCGGUAUUAUAGAGAUCCCGCCGGAUCUCAUACUCAGUACCGAAAUUCCUGCAACACCGGUUCCUGUGACCGCAACGAAGGAGGCCGAGCUGGAAGAUCACGAUUUGAUCGCCAUUCUCGAGGGUAACGAUGUGCAGAUACGGCGGGUGGUCGAUAUCGCAGAGAGUGGUGAGACGAGUGCUGUCGAUGACGAUAGCAUGUUCGAGGAGAUGCAGAUUGUGAUCGUGAACGGUGAUGAGCUGCAACAGGCGCAACUGGAACGGGAAAAAGAAAUCGCACGUAGGCAAAUGGCAAACCUCCCGCCCCCACAGAAGAGAGGACGACCAAAGCAGAAACCAGACCUUGCAAAAUCAGGUACGGUGCAAUCUGCGGUGAAGAAGUCGAAUGACUUAGCAGGACCACCCAAAAUUAAAGAUGCAACACAAAAACAGCAGCAGGCGGAGGAGCUACUGCCGGUGAAAUCUCCUCAGGUGACAAUUCUAGGCCAAACGACGAUACGGCCUAUUCCAAAGAAGUCGAAUUCACCGGUAAUGAUGGUAGGAAAGGUGAAGGAUGAGUUUGCAAAGGUAAAAGGAGAUGAAAUAUUGUUCCCCAAGCCCAAAUCCAACAUCUUACCUACGGUGAACAGAAUAGUGCCGAAAACAGCGGAACACUCAGAUGUGAUGGCUAACAGAAAGUUAGUAAAAUCAUCUAAACCGUCUCCUGCCAACAGUACUUCAAAAGCGACAGGGACGAAGAAGGAAUUGAUUGAUUCGCUAGUUUCGGACUGGGAUGACGAUGUAAUCGGAAGCACUUUGCCCAUUAAGGCUGAGAAAACACAAUCGAUUGCCAAACCUUUACCGGAGCGACCCGAAAUCGUUCAGCAACCGAGCAUUUCGGAACAGCCAACAGCAGAACCACCGAAACGAUUGGUUAAGAAGAAGAUCAUAUGGGAUCCAUCAGAUGCAACGGUACCGUUUUCAGUGCUAGUGAAAUCGAAUCGCUCCGAAGUGCCAAUUACUGCCGCCAGCAGUAUACCAAAAAUGCACCAGGAAGGACGCAUACGAAUCCGGAAACGUGCCGAUUCCGUCGCUGUGCACAUGAUCGAAGAUCGAUCUCAGCGGGCCCCAACCAUUGUCCCACAGCGUAAGCGAGCGAUCACACCGGAACCGAGCAAGCCGAACGAUGCUACUAUGAUGGAACCGCCAUUGCCGCAGGCGACCGAUGCAAAAGCCUCGAAAAAACGUAAAAAUGAAAUUGAAAAGCUGCUGGGGGAUGAGGGUGCCAUUAACAUGCUGUACGAGGUUGAAUGCGAAACGACACACACGGAUCUACUCAAAGGUGCCGCGGUCGAUACGAGUGACGAGGAGGAGAAACUACAGGCGAAAGCGAAGAUUAUCACCGAUGCGGUUAUCAAGCAGGGUAAAUCUCCGAGCGAGAUGACUUCCGUGGCUGGCGUUCGCGUACGGCCGAAACGUGUCCCCACUCCUUCCCCGGUCAUACCGCAGACGAUCGGUACGAACAAAGGUAGUACCAAUACCCUGUCUGACGCACUUCCCGAACUCAAGAUAAAGAAACCCACAAGCCCUAACAGUAGCUUCCACAGCAAUAAUGGUUCAGCGAAACCUCUUCGUGGGACCGCUGCCGGACCGGGCAGGAAGAGAAGAAACACAUCGGCAACAAAAAGCUGGGAUUACGUGUACAAUACGCCGGGCGGCGACGAUGCCAUGAUCAUUCGUCGCCGUUCGAACAGUUCUUAUUCGAGCUGUGACAGUCCCAGGCGGUUAAGUGUUGAGUGUCCGCCCGGGCAGGAGGUAACCAUAAAGUCAUCGCCGCCUAGCGAGUCCAAAAAGAAGUCCCUCGGCGAUGAUGAGGAAGUGUUUGCGAAGCCUACAAAUACCGCCACACCAAAGCCAGUGCCCAUCGUGGAUGCCAAGCUGUUAAGCAACAUGAAGAACAUUAUGAGUAAAGCGCUAAAGGGAAAAAUUGUGAAACCCGAACCACCAUCAGAAUAUCAACGGAAGGAAGCUGAACUAAUUACUUCUUCCCCACCGAGUGACAGUAAACCGAUACCAAAGAAGCCUCGUAUCAAACAGGUUGGACCAACGCGAACGGGAGCGUUGUUAAACGGAUUUGAUGAAACAUUAAACAAGUGUGUUGAACAGUUAAAGCAAGUUACAUGCUCCAAGAGUGGAUCCUACGUCGAGGUGCGACUCAAUUCGUGUGGAGUUUUGCCUCAGGCGGGUAAAGCCAAGGAAGCGUUGCAGAAUGUUUUCUCGUGUACAGUCAUGAAGGAGCUUACAGAAUUGUUUCCAUUAUUCGAGAACGAUUCAUCCAUAAAGGCGGUUCUGAUAUGCUCAGAGGGAUCUGACUUUAGCCGUGGGCUGGACAUCGGGUAUCUGAUACGGACAGAAGGGCCUGAGCUGAAUACUGCAACGCUAGAGUUGAGCGAGUGUCUAAGAAUAUUCUUAAAAACGCUUCUGUGCUUCACCAAACCAAUCAUAGCAGCCGUGCACGGCGAUGUGCUUGGGCUGGGCGUGAUGCUUUUGCCUGUAUUCGAUGUCGUAGUCGCCCAGACUGGCACUAGCUUUAUGGCACCUUACGGACACUUUGGGUAUCUACCGGAGUGCCUGAAAGCAUUUUCCAGCUGUCGAAUGUUGCAACCAAAAGCGCAUACCGAUUUGCUGUUGCUGGGCAAACGGAUCUUCUGUCAGAAUGCACUCGAGUACGGGUUGAUCACGGAGCAUGUGGAACCGAAUCGUCUUCUUGUCCGGGCUCAAUUGCUGACGAAAAUGGUGGCCGCUCAAUCUAGCCAGGCUAUGCAAUCGAUAAAGUAUCAUCUCCGGCACGAUUUGAUCACCAACCUGGACGCGGUUCUGACACAGGAGCAAAAGCAGCACGUCAAGCAAUGGGAAACACCAGAGUGUCAGCAAAAGUUUAGGGAAUUUAUCAGUAAGGGAGGUUUACUGUAAAGAAGCUAGCCUCGAGUAUUCAACAAAUCGUAAUUGGAUUACUAACUGAUGGGUGAUCAAGUGAUCUAACCUUUCCAUCUUACUCCUAUCAUCAGUUGUUAAUUGAUAGUUUGUACGACAUGUUAUUUUUUAUUGUUAUUGAGGUAUUUUUAAAGAUGGUUUAUAUACCAUCGCAUCCUUCCAACCGAACAGUGCCUAGAAAGAGCGAGCUCUACCGUACCUGCGUGUACGAUAAAAAAAUGUUCGUUCUACUACCCGGACCCAUAUAUCGGAUAGCUAAGGCGUAUACGUAGAAGUUGAACUGUUAAAGUGCAAAAAUCGUAGUUUGAAUAGCCGUGGCCACACGGGGCGAAAACUCUAGCGCAAACGAAAAAAAUAAUGCCAAAACUUUUGCGCUUCGAUAUGUUUACAUGGCCGGGUUGAGGAAAUUAAAAUCGUUUUUUUGAAGAAAAGGAUUGAAUACACUAGCAAUGAUCACUCACUGUCGAUGUAAACCACAAAAAGAACAUAUUGUGAGCCCUACCGUUUGCAAAAAGCUUUUACGCUAGGUUUUACGCUCCACGGACCAAUAAUCGUUUGACAGCAUGUAAACGGCAAGCGUAAACGUUUUGGCAUUCAUUUUUUCGUUUGCGCUAGAGUUUUCGCCCCGUGUGGCCACGGCUAAUAAGUGAACCAUUUCUAAAUACUAGUUUUCAUGAGAAGUCUAUCGAUUAAGCAUUACAUUUUGAUUAUUCAAAUGAUAAUCUUCAUCUGGAUGUUUUUUAAACAAAAAUACAGAUAGUAAUAUCUGUGCUUUAGAUACAAGAGGAUGCCGCACGCAGUGAGAUUGGGAAAAUAAGGCAGUAAUGUAAGAGGAUAGGAAACUCUAAUAGGCGUUAGCCGAUAGUCAUUUCGAACAAUUGCUAUGCUCAAUAAAUUGUACAAAGUGUUAG